AUGACGUCCACUUCCCAGGCACUGUCGGAACGGGAGCCGCUGCUCUCGUCCACAGGGGCCGACCCCCGCCAUGCUGCCUCCGCUGAUCAUCAAGCCAAGCAACCUCGUCCCGCACGCGUCUUCAACAUCUGCCUCUUCCUCAUCGUCCUGAUCCAAGGUGCUAACGCUCUCCUGGUUGCGCCCUUGGCUCAGCUCAAGGAGGUGGCCCUGUGCAAGUCAUACUAUGGUCCCGGGUGGUCUCUCGGUCGGGACUGCAGCGUGGAACCGGUGCAGAGCGCGUUGGAAGCGUUGAUCGGUUGGCAGCAGCUGUUUGACUGUCUGCCAGGUAUUCUGCUGGGAAUCUUCUAUGGUGUCAUUGCCGACCGAUAUGGCCGCCGCCCCGUGCUCGCGCUGGCGCUUGCCGGGCUUACUGUGGGAACCGCAUGGACUCAGAUAGUGUAUCCUGAUGUUGAUGGUUUAGUGUGGUGGUCGGAUGUCUUCCCGGUCAAGUUGACAUGGUUGUCAUCGGUCUUUUUGCUGGCGGGCGGCGGGCCCAUCGUGGGAAUUUCCAUGAUAUUUGUUGUCGCCUCCGAUGUGUCGUCGGAGGAGCAGAGGGCUUCCAACUUCAUCUGGCUCCACGCCGUCGCCCUGAUGGCCGAGAUCUUCAUAUCUUCUCUCACUUCGAUGCAGCUCGAAGCCUGGUGGUUUGCUCGACUGGGGCUGGCGGCGCUUUUUAUUGCCGUCUUGACGGCGUGGAUAUUCCUCCCAGAAACCGUGGAGCUGCACAAGGCUAGCAGCAAUGCGAAACCAGGCGAUGUGGCAGAGGGUACCCUACUAGACGGCGAAGAGGAGGACGACGAAGACGAUCCGGUCGUUCUUAAUGAUGAUGUUUUGAAAAACACUAUCUGGAGACGGGCGAUUGCGGGAUUAAUGUCACGACUGCAGGACCUGCGGUUCCUCUGGGCAUCACGACAGCCGAUCCCGCUAGCGCUGGUCUUCUUCGUAGGCAUCCUGUACCGGUCAGCGGUAGGCACGCUGUACCGGUCGUUGCUGGGGCAGUUGUAUUGGUCGUCGAUAGAAGAAUACCUUCCGCAGUACGUGUCGAGCCGGUACGGCUGGCGCGAGUCGCAGGCUGAAUUCCUGCUCUCCUACGGUGCCAUGCUCAACCUCAUCCUCCUGACCAGUAUCCUCCCGGGACUCAGCGACUUCAUCCUUCGACACGGCCGCGAUGCGCGCACCAAGGAUCUCUGGCUGGCGCGCGGAAGUGCCGUGGCCAUGGCCUUGGGGGUGUUUGGUAUUGGUCUGUCGCCCAGUGUAUCUUUGAUGGUGGCAGGUUUAACGCUCUUCGUCCUGGGCCAAGGAUUUGUCCCUGUCGUUCUCAGCGUGGCUACCUCGCUGGUCGAGUCGAGUCAUGUCGGCAUGCUGUACAACGCCAUGGCAGUGAGCGAGACGAUCGGCAAGCUGGCCAACGGGCCGAUCGUGUCGAGCAGUUUCCACGCGGGCAUGAGGGUCGGUGGAGCGUUGAUGGGGUUGCCAUAUUUGGUGGCGGGAGCGCUGUUGUCUCUGGCUGCGGCGGCGGUUUUUGCCGUCCGGAUGCCUUUAGUUCAACCGAACUAUGAUCAAGACUUGCUCGAAGAGAGCAGGAAUGAAUGA